AUGAUCAAAGAAAGUGUGUAUAGAGACCUGGGUCAUACAUUGCUUAGGAAUGCAUGGGAUGGCUAUAACGCCGCUCUAUUCGCAUACGGACAGACUGGGUCGGGGAAGUCAUAUUCAAUUGUAGGCUAUGGAAGCAAUAAAGGAAUUGUUCCGCGAUUUUGUGAAGAGAUAUUUCAGACAAUAGAGCACAGGAGUGGUGAUGGAGUGGUGGUUGAGGUGACUUUUUCUAUGCUAGAGAUAUACAAUGAAAUAGUCAAAGAUUUACUUAAUAUUAAUCACAAUGAGAGUCAAAAUAAAAAUAAUAGCAAAGAUCAUAAAAAUAAGAAAAAAGGCCUUAAAAUUAGGGAACACCCGACCAAAGGGUUUUACGCGGAAGGGUUGCAAUCAUUUUUGGUGACCAAUUACAAGGAGAUGGAGGAGCGGAUCAAUGAGGGCACCACUAAUAGGAGUAUCGCCGCCACCAAUAUGAACGAGACAUCUUCGAGAGCGCACACUAUUAUUGUCAUCAAUUUAAUCCAGAAGUCCAAGAAUAGCACCGGACAGGAAACCACUAAAACCUCAUCUAUAAAUCUGGUCGACUUAGCCGGCAGUGAGCGACUGUCGGGCACUCAGGCGACGGGUGACCGCAUGAAAGAAGGCGUUUCCAUAAACCAAUCGCUCAGUUGUGUCGGCAAUUGUAUCCACGCGUUGGCCGAGAAGGCUCAGGGCAAGAAUGUGAAGGUGCCCUACAGGGACUCCGUACUGACCCGGCUCCUACAAAAUGCAUUGGGAGGCAACAGCAAGACUGUUAUGUUGGCCGCAAUCAGUCCCGCAGAUAUCAACUACGAUGAGACCCUUUCCACUCUCAGAUACGCCGAUAGAGCGAAACAAAUCAGAAAUCACGCGAAGAUUAAUAAGGAUUCGACGGAUAAGUUGGUGAAAGAGUUGAGGGAAGAGAAUGAAAAGCUUAAGAAACUGAUGGACAGCGGGACUAAUGGGUUGACCAAUGGGUCGGCCACUCCUAUCAAUGGCUUUGCCCUCUCGCCCGACGCAUUGAAAGAAGCGAAGAGCAAAUGGGAAGAGGAGAUGAAGGCAGCCAUGGAUGAGAACGAGAGACAAUUGAAUCAAAUGAAACAGUCAUAUGAGGAACGGCUGCAACAGGAGAAGCACAAGAAGUCUAAAAAGAAAGUGGAGUCACAGAAACUGGAGAGCGAAAAGGCGGACAACCCUUACCUCUCAAACCUUAAUUUCGACGAACAGUUGUCGGGGAAAAUCAUUUACAUCAUCAGAAAGGGCGCCAACAUUAUCGGCAAAGCGGAGGACUGCACCAUACAAUUGUUAGGGCCGUCCCUUCAGGAACACCACGCGGUCAUCAACCGCACAGAACACGGGAAGGUUAUAAUGGAGAGGUGUGGCGACGACUGCCGGGUUCUGCUGAACGGCGAUCCCGUCACCCAUAAAGUGAAUCUGAGUCACAACGACCGGCUCCUGUUCGGGACGACCCAACUCUUUGUCUUCUCACAUCCGGACCAGAAGCUCAAGUCGAAGAUGACGUACGCGGACGUGACCUUUGAGUUGGCACAGGAGGAGAUCGCCACCAAAGCCGGGUUCGCCGUCAACACCGACGACCAGUCCAUAGAGCAGGCGCUCCUCAAUAAGGACCUCUUGGAAGCGAUUCCGGCCGUAGACGAGGCCAAUGCCAUCAGCGAAGAGUUGGAGAAGUUUGUGCGCUUCGAGAUUAUGCUCGUCUCCCCUCAGUUCUUGGGAAAGGCUGGCGAACGCACCGAAGUUUACGUGAGGAUCCGAAACAUCGAAAGCGGACAGGAGUUCGAGUGGACUAAAGACGAGUUCCUCAACAGACUGUAUGUCAUGAAAGAGAUGUAUCAGAACUACGAGGCCGGCGAAGAGGACUGGGAUUUGCCUGCUGUUUGUUCACUAAUUAAUACAAUUUGUGUACAUUUGCUGACAUGUCAACUCUAUUCUCAGGACAGGGACCCAUUUCUGGAGGACCUGCACAGGGAGUGUCACAUCGGCACCGUUCAGGUGUAUCUGCAAUCACUAGCCUUUAUGAUUGAACUGAAGGAACAGUUGUCUAUCAAUGACUUCUCUGGCAGUGAAGUGGGAAUCAUAAACAUAGAGAUCGUUCCGUGCGAUGAAGUGGGCAAUGAGUACGACGAGAGAGACGACGUCUAUGUGGACAGUCCUCACGAACUCAUGGGUCGAUCCAUUCAUUUUGUCGUUAAGAUUAAUGGUUGUCGAGGACUGCCAUCAAGGUUUACGGACAUUUAUGUAAAAUUUCGGAUAUUUCUGGACGAAGAGGACACGCGAACGGACCCCAUGUCCGACACCGCGAACCCGGACUUCAACUUCAAGAAGAUCUGGACAUUCAAGAGAGUGACCCAACAGUUGGUGGACUACCUGAAGGACGGCUUCAUAAACAUGCAGGUGUGGGGCAAACAGUCCAUCAAAUUCACGAAUAUAGCCAAACAAAACACCGGCAGAAACACGAAACAACUGUUUCAGGAGGAGCUCGACAAACAGGGCAACGAACUCAUGCAGGGCUUCAAAAUGAACGGACGGGUAGUCGACCCCAACAAACAGUCCAUUAUUGUCGAGCUCUUGCUCAUGAAGAAGCAACAGUCCAGACAACAGCAACGCAUUGAAAAUAUCCGGCGUUUAGUGGAAACGGCGGAGAAGUAUAGGAAACGCAAGAUAUCCGUACAACUGGUCAAAGACCUGCUCUUCACGACCACUCCCGAGAUGGCCGACGCACUCAUACAGCAGGUGCCCGAAGACGAUCAGUACGACUCUAUGAAGGCGUCGUCCGGCCUACACUCAUCACUAGUGCCCAGCAUUGCGCUCAUCAUCUCACUGUCCACUAGAGGUAUUGCCAACCAAUUAAGUGGUGUAUGGGUCAAGUAA